GGGUGGGUUGGUCAAAAAUUAAAAAAAGGUGGUCAUAUGUUCUUCAUAGAUUGUUUGUCAACAGCAGUACAACACAAGUAUACCCUUCUUGUAUUUGUACCAUAGUGGUUGAGAAUAACAUAUACCAGACGUAUAUAUGAAAAAAAGAAUAUGUUUUUGGAAUUGAAAUAGAUAUAACUGAGAGGCUGUUUGGAUUUUGAACCACCAAAUCGAUUCAGCUUUGAAAAAGCUUCACUGGGCGAGAAGUCGCAUUCCAUCAGAGAGGAGAUUCUGCUGCUUUGUUUAAGCCAAUCUGACACUAACAUGCAUGGAAUAGAGUGGCGCGAUUCUGUUUUCAAGCAAUUCAAGCUCAUGGACCCAACUGUUUCAAUUUCAAGUCACAAGCGCUCCAACAGUGACCCAAUGAAAAGAAGAGUCAUGGCAGAUGGAUUAGAGAACAUCAGUGAAGCUUCUUAUCGUCCUGAACUGAAAAAGGAACUGGGGAAACUAAAACACAGCAUUGAAUCCAAGACGAGGCAAUACAAUAAUAUUGAUCUUCAAAGCUCUUUGACUCAAGAGAUUCUGCAGCUUCAAAAACGAUUACAGCAACAAUUCGUGAUAAGGCGCGCAUUAGAGAAAGCACGUUAUCUGCCUUUUUCACAGGAUGCUGCAUUAGAAAAUGCAAUACCCAAGGCUGCAAAGGAACUGAUUCAGGAAAUUGGAAUAUUAGAAUUAGAAGUUGUGUAUUUGGAACAAUACCUACUCUCUUUGUAUCGGAAAAGAUUUGAUCAACAAAUUUCAUCUUUAUCACCUAAGGAGAGAAGAUUGGAAUUAGCUUCAGACACAAAUAAAGUAAUAUCUGCAGUGCCCAGCAAUGGUGCUAUUUCUGACAAAGAAAUUUCUGCUGUGAACUGUAGUAAUGUCAUUUCACCCAGAAAUUCUGUUGGCUUUCGCCUUAAGGAAUGCAAUAACCAGUUAGAAUCAGAAACUGUCUUGGACUCUAGUAUUCAUCGAUGUCACUCUGCACUAUCUCAACGAACAGCAUGCUCAAUUGAAGCUUCUCCUGGGAACAUUGAAUCCAAAGCUGUAGUUGACUCUUACCAUUCUCUGCCAUUAUCCAUGUUGGAGCAGCAAACUCAGUUUGCUAAAUUCAGUUCAACAAGUCUGGCCGAGCAUCUUGGGAGUAGCUAUGUUGAUUACGUUCCAGAAACACCCAAUUGGCUUUCUGAGGAGAUGAUUAAGUGCAUAUCAGCUAUAUAUUGUGAACUUGCAGAACCACCUUCUCUUGAUCAUAAAAAUGCUUCAUCCCCUAUUUCGUACUCAUCUUUUGGUAACGAGUUAUCUUCACAGAGCCAGGGUAGUAAGUGGGGAUCACAAUGGAAGAAACACUCAUCCUUCAAUCUAAACUCCACUAACCCUUUCCAUGUCAGGGGGUGCAAAGAAUUUAGCGAACCUUAUUGCUCAAUGACAAGGAUACAGAAAUUGUGCACAGAUAAUCAGAAAUUAAAAGAAAUUGAAUACAUGCUACGGAGAUUUAGGUCACUUGUUUCUCGGCUGGAAGACGUUAAUCCUAGAAAUAUGAGGCAUGAAGAAAAGCUUUCCUUUUGGAUUAAUGUGCACAAUUCCUUAGCAAUGCAUGCCUUGUUAGUUUAUGGAAUUUCAGCCAACAAUGUUAAGAGAAUGUCUUCAGUACUAAAGGCUGCGUAUAACAUUGGUGGACAUACUAUAAGCGUAGACCAGAUACAGAACUUCAUUCUGGGAUGCAGAAUGCCUCGCCCAGGACAGUGGCUGCGGUUGUGGUUUCCUUCAAUGACAAAACCAAAGGUUAGAGAUGCAAGAAAAGGAUAUGCAAUACAUCGUCCAGAACCUUUAUUACUAUUUGCUCUUUGCACAGGAAGCCAUUCUGAUCCUGCGGUUCGUUUGUACACACCUAAGAGAGUAUUUGAAGAGCUACAAUGUGCCAAAGAGGAAUACAUUCAGUCCAACAUCACCAUAAGCAAAGAACAGAAAGUAGUUCUCCCAAAGAUGGUUGAUUCCUUUGCAAAAAAUUCAGGUCGAGGAGCAUCUGAUUUGAUGGAGAUGAUUAAGCCUUAUCUACCCGAUUCUCAAAGGAAGAGCAUUCAAGAGUUUCAUUCAAAGUCAAGCUUGAAAAACAUUGAAUUAACUCCUCAUAACUUCACUUUCCAUUACUUGAUUUCAAAGGAAUUAGCUUGGUAAUGACAUUCCUCGGUAGGAUUCAUGUACUUGUGUGGGUAGAAUAAUCAUCUGUCUAUCCAAAACUUGCAUUUGGUGGUAAGCACAGGUGUAACGAGCAAGAAGCAAAUUUGUCUGCUUCAAAACAUAACAGGUGAAUAAUAGUUGCCUGCGUUAUAUCCGUGAAGAUAUUAAACCAAGGAUGGUGAGUCACUAAGGUGGGAAUACGAAGCAGAGAAAGAUGUACUUCAGAUAGAAAGCAAAGGUUUAACUAAUUUUUGCUUCAUAACUCCCUAUCUUAAGGUCCUUUUCAGUUAAUGGAUGUAUAUUCUUGAUUCUUUUCAUCGACAUCAGCUUAGUAUGAUAUUUCAAUCCUGGAUA